UACCGAGAUGAACAUCGGUUUUCAUGGACUUGCACUCCUCAACGAAGCAAAUGAAUAUUCUCCAUUGUUUAAGUUAUAGUUUCGCAUUCAGUUUCUUCUUCAGUGCGCAUUUACCACUAAACUCAGUUUACAUUUAAUCGUUUCAUUGAAGCUUAAACGGAAUAAUUGUUGCAAAAAUGAUGUCCCCAAAGCCACUUCCAGAAAAUCGAGGUUCAUCUCACCCGGCUACCAUUAGGCAAACUCCAGUGCAGAUAAUCCAUAUUGUUGGGAACUUUAUGAGAAUAUGGUCAGUUUACUCCAUGUACCGCUAUUUGUCUCAGACAGGGGCUUCAGUUGUUCUUUUUAUGUUCUGCUGUCUUCUUCCAUCGUGCAUCUGGUUUCUAGUAGCGCAAAAGCCUUGGAAGGGCAGGGCGCUUUCUAAUACACAGAUUGUCCCUUCAGUUGUAAAUGGUGGUAUAACAGCUCUUUACUUCAUCUUGUGGGGAAAGGGGCUUAAAUCUUGUGGUCCUGUUCGGGCCAUAUUGGGUGAGUAUUCUGGUGCUGUUCUAGGAGUAUUAUCUGGAGUACUGUAUGGCAGGAGGGACCAUGUUUGGAAAAAGGUUGGUGGACUCCUUGCAAUGCUAGCAUCCUUCUACUUUUUAUCACAAGGAUGGGCGAUGGCUACAUAUUCUCCAUUUCCAUUUAGCAAUGCCUCUGAUGAUGAGGCACGGACCGAACAGCUAGUAGGAAUGAAGGAAAUGGUAGUUCCCAUUCUCGCUGGAAUCUUGUCAGCACUUCGGAGGGUGAUCGCAAGAAGGGUCUCGCUUAAGAACCAACUGAAGAGGCGACUCCAUGCCAUAACCCUUACUUCUGCGACAUGCUUUUUGUUUCCUGUUGCCAUGUGGGACAUGAUUAUAGGAUCAAACAAUGUAGAGUUGCCAUUUUCAGCCUGGGCUUUUUCAAGCAGCAUCUUAUUUGGGAUGGUAUUGAUAUUUUACAUUGAUAGCAUUGCAGAGGAAAGGUUGCAUAUGGUUUUCUCUUCUCCGAGGCACUUAAUGGUUGCGGGAGGAUGCAUCAUUAUCAUGGAGAUAAUAUAUAAAAUGGACUUCUCUUUACUCGGCUUUCUUAUUUGUGCUGCCAUCUUGGGAUUUGGCAUAUAUGAAGCUACAUCCUUGGAUCGUUCUAGGAGAGAUUCUUUCCAAGGAUCAAGCUCCAAUGGCAUCUUGGACGAUCAAACUGAAAUGUUUCCACUUCCUACUUGAUGUGCAAUAGCAAUCAUACUUUUGACUCUAAGACAAGUGAUGCAACGAGGAGUACUUUCCAUGUUAUGCCCAAACCAUCGAGUGCCUGGAGUCGUGGAAAGCACCGCAGGGAUAUAUAACAAGCAGAAAUGUUCUGUGCCUGUUCGCUUUGAUGGUUGCCAUGUUGAUUGUACAUUGAAUUUAUGUUAUGGUUUGAUUUAUUUGACUGAUAGAGUUAGCAAAAUAUUUGUACAAACGAUAUAUAUUCCUUUAUGGAUUUUUUCCUUCUCCGCUA